ACCUUGUGCCAAUUGUCAAAAGGGCCUUUCUGCGACACCUUGCUAUACAUACCUUGAUUAUUUGGUACAUAUUUAUUUAUUUGUUGUGGGUUGUAGAUGGGUUAUGGUUUACCUUCUCAAUAUAUGAUUUCGUGCAUUUAGUGAAAACCUUAGUUCCUUUGUUACGAUGGGAAUCAACUUUAAUUUUAGUCGCAAUCAUUAUUUGCUGGUCGGGAUCGUGUGCGGCUUCCUGUUUAGCUACUAUUCGCCCCACGAUUAUGCGGAAUAUGUAGCCGAGUGCCCGGAGGUGACGGAAAAUACCGAUAUGUUACAAACGCUUGAGCAUAACAACGAAUUCGAGCCGCAACUCAACUUGGAGCAGAAACCGAUGAUAGCGAAGAAGAUGGUGAAAAAUAUAAUACGCCCACGAUAUUAUUACUCCGAGCUGGGCAUCAGGGAAAAGCUGUUCGUGGGUGUGCUGACAACUACGGAAAAUGUUGACACUUUUGCUACCGCAAUCAAUCGUACCGCUGCACAUCUAGUGAAUAAAAUUAAAUUCUUCAUACACGCGGACAAUGUAAAGUCUAACUUUAACCUGAAGAAUAUAGUGGGUUUUACCGACACCCGGGAACAUCUGCGACCGUUUCAUAUGCUCAAAUACCUCGCAGAUAACUAUCUCGAUGAGUACGAUUUCUUUCUGCUGCUAAUGGAUACGACGUACGUGAAUGCUCGUACGGUACGCCGGCAACUUCAGCAUCUUAGCGUCACGUUAGAUGUGUAUAUGGGAACAACGCUGGACGAUAAUUCGUUUAACGAUGGGAAAAACGACGAAACCGCACGUAAUGACUAUUGUGACCUGCAUGCCGGCAUUAUACUGAGCAGUGGUGUGAUUAGAAAAAUCCGAGCGAAUCUUGAUUGGUGCGUUCGUAAUUCGGCAUCAAACAACUACAGCAGUAACAUCGGCAAGUGUGUAAAAUAUUCGACAAAAAUUAAAUCCUGCCAUCAAUCCUGGCAGGGUAUCGAUAUUACCAGCUACCAUCUGAACAGUUACAAAAUCUACCGAGAUUUCCAUUUAAUCGCAAAGGAAAGUCGUUUCAACAAUGCAGCAAUGGUUUACCCUGUUACGACGACGGACGACUUUUAUCUGCUGCAUGCAUAUUUCUCACGCCUGCAUCUGAAGCAAAACAGUGACAUAAAGCAAACGUUGCUAGAAGACGCUAUGCAAAUUUCCAAUGGUACAAUGUCAAACGAUAUCCUUGAAGUGCGGUGGCCACUGGGUGUGCCAAAAUCGAAUCCACCCGAAUCACGACACGACGUGGUGCCGUGGAUAGCGCUCAAUACAACACACUCCUUCAUGUGGAAUUCCGAGGUUAAUGUGCAACGCUUAUCAGCAGUCGAUGAGGAAGAUAUACGCAACGUGUUAAAUAAAACUAUUUUAGAAGCAACGCGAAACAAUCCGGAUGCCGAGUUUCGUGGCAUACAUACUGCGUACAAGCGUUUCGAUGCCGUCCGGGGGAUGGAUUACCGGCUGUUGCUCAAUUUCUACGACCGGAAGCUGAAAAAGAUGGUGCAGAAAAGCUUCGAAGUGAUCAAGCCUAUUAGCCUGAUCGAAAUCGUCCCUUCGCCGUACGUAACGGAAAGCACGCGUGUUGCGAUGUUGCUGCCAACGUUCGAGAAUCAAGUGCUGGACACGGAGCAGUUUCUCGAGAGCUACGAGAAAACGUGCAUGGACAGUCAGGAUAAUACUUUCCUGAUGCUUAUAUUUAUGUACCGGGCGGAUACGCCCAGCAAAGGUGAUGAAGAUGUGUUUCUUCCGUUGAAAAAUAUUGCUUUAGCAUUGACGGAAAAACACAAACAGGAUGGGUCGAGGGUGGCCUGGGUAUCGAUACGGUUGCCCGCAGAAGUAAGCGCCAAUGUUAGUAAUAAUAAUCGAUACUACAGCUCGUUUUACGGGCCGCACGCCCACAUGAGCUUUGCCGCUGUUGACCUAGCUUUGCGCAAGAUAGGUCUGGAAAGUUUGGUUAUGCUCUGUUCCCAUGCGGCCUCAUUCCGGCCGGACUUUCUUAAUCGUGUCCGGAUGAAUACCAUUCAAGGCUUUCAGGUGUACAGCCCGAUCGGUUUCAUGAUGUAUCCCUGCGAGUGGACUGAGCUGUGCAAACCGUGUGAAAACUGUGAUGUUGGUCAAAGUAGCGGUUACUUCGACAGGGCCAACUAUGAUGUGGUAUCAUUCUACAGCAAUGACUACGUGUACGCACGCAAACAGCUCGAACAAAUGUUACCAAUCGUUCGUACCGAUCGGGACAUUGUGAAUCUACUAUCAAUGAACUCUACGCAACUCAUCAACAACGGUACGAUAACAAACAUAAUCGACCUAUUCACCAGGAGCAAUAGUAAGAUACAUGUGCUACGGGCGAUUGAACCGAACCUACGUUAUGGACGAAGCAUAACUAAUUUCCUAUCAAACGAUCCUUACGCAGAACAAUUAUCUAAGUUGCAUUGUACCGAAGAAACGGAACGAAGACAGUGUAUUCGAAUUGCAUCAAAGAAACAAAUAGGCGAUGUAUUUGUACAAUACAGUAAACAGUUUGAAACCCGUGAAGUUGUGUAAAAAGCAAAUCAAAGAAACAAAUAGAAGAUGUACUGGUACAAUACAGUGAACCGUUUUGCACCAGCCGUGAAGUUGUGUAAAUGAAACCAAAUUUGUAAAAGAAACUACUCACAAACAAAUGCAAUAAUUUAAUUGUAUUAUGAUUCACUAGCCAUAUUUUUGGUUGUUGUUUUUUUUGUCAUUUGUGCCACAGAACAAUUUCUAAUAAAUAACUAUAACAAUGUACACAAAGACACGUAUGAUUACAAGUGUGGUUAAUUAUAAAUCAAUUGCCGAAAUCUACCCCAUUUAAUGAAAGCGAUUAACGUACGUUGAUUGUCUUCUUCUUGUAGGUAAAAUACAUCCGCACAAUGAUUGAUUAAUAUUUCAAUUGGCUAUCGAGAAAGUUUAAGCAAUAUUAAAGAAACUGUUAUCUCCUAAGGGCUUGGUCAAAUAAUGCCUAGUAAUGAUGAUGGCCACAUAAUAACAAUACCACUAAUCUGGGUUCAAAUUUUCAUAUCUCUCAUACGACGGAUUUGCUGUUUGGCUUCCAUUCAUUGAUAGUCAGUUUUUAACGCUGGCAUGCCAGGACC